AAUCGUAUUUAGUUUGCGCUUUUUCAGAGUUGUACUAUUAUGGCGUUGAACCCUAGAGACGUCGAAUUCGAAAUUUCACCCGGCAGAAAAGUGGGAGACAGACAUCCGUGUUUCAUCAUAGCCGAGAUUGGACAGAAUCAUCAGGGGGACGUAGAUAUAGCCAAACAGAUGAUUAGGGUGGCCAAAGAGGCAGGAGCUGAUUGUGUCAAGUUCCAGAAGAGUACAGUUUUGGAGAGAUUCAACAAGAAAUGUCUGGCCAGGCCGUAUGACGUGCCUCAAAGCUGGGGUAAAACAUAUGGAGAACACAAGCUGUUUCUGGAGUUCUCAGAGGAACAAUACGUGGAACUGAAAAAAUACGCAGAAGAGCAAGUUGGUGUCAUUUUUUCAGCUUCUGGUUUCGACUACAGAGCGAUUGAGUUCCUGAAUAAAAUCAGUAUACCCUUCUUUAAAGUGCCAAGUCCAGAUGUGGGGAAUUUGGACUUCAUUGAGUUCAUGGCCAAGAAACAUGUACCAAUGGUUAUCAGCUCAGGGAUGCAAGACAUGGACACUAUGCGACGUGUAUACCAUACAGUUAAGAGAUACCACAACAAAUUUGCUCUACUCCAGUGCACUUCAGCUUACCCGGUCACUCCAGAAAGUGUAAACCUAGCAGUCAUUCAAGCUUAUAAAGAGAACUUCCCCGAUAUUGUUGUCGGUUAUUCUGGACAUGAAACUGGAACGACAAUUUCACUGGGAGCUGUGGCGCUGGGAGCAAAAGUUCUAGAACGUCACGUGACGCUAGACAAGACGUGGAAGGGUUCUGACCACAGCGCAUCGCUUGACAUGAACGAACUGGCGAACCUGGUUAAACAGAUAAGGAUUCUGGAAGCAUCAAUUGGAACACCAGAAAAAUUCCUGCUACCAGCAGAGAGGUUUGUAAAGAGGAAACUGGGUAAAAGUGUUGUGGUUUUGGGGGACAUGAAAAAAGGCGAAAUUUUGAAUGAGGAUAACAUGGCAGUGAAGAAUGCGGAACCGUGUGGUUAUCCGCCUCAUGAUUUCCACAGACUUAUUGGGGGAGUUUUGAAGCGAGAUUUGGAGGACGAUGAAACUAUUUUGGAAGGAGACGUGGAUUUGAAACAGACAGAGAAGGGAGAAAAGAAAGUGGCUGCACUGAUACUCGCUAGAAAAGGAAGCAAAGGGGUUCCUGGAAAGAAUAUCAAAAUGCUGAACGGACUUCCUUUGAUAGCCUGGACCAUUUUGGCCUGUGAGAGGGCAGCCUGCUUUAAUGAGAUAUGGGUAUCAACCGACUGCGACAAAAUAGGCAACAUAUCAGAACAAUUCGGGGCCAAAUAUCAUUGUCGUGACCCCUUAACGGCUCAAGACAAAUCCACUAGCAAAGAGGGCUUCCUGGAAUUCAUCCACCAUCACCCAGACAUCUGGGCAGUAUGCAGUCUUCAGUGCACUUAUCCAACCCAGAACCCAACCCUCAUUUCCAGAGCAGUGAAGAUGAUCAAAGAGGGUGAAAGGGACUGUGUGUUUGCAGCUGUGAAUAGUCACAAGUUCAGGUGGGCAAGGGUCAAAGAGGACAGAGGAGGGUGUACUCGACCUUUGAACUUCGACCCCUAUAAUAGACCGAGGAGGCAAGACUGGAGUGGGGAUGUUGCCGAAUCAGGUGCCUUCUACUUUUUCACAGUGGACCAGUUGAAAACAACUGGAAGCUUCCAGAGUGGAAGAGUAGCCUACGUGCUGGACAGUGAAGAUCAAGGUGAUCAUGUAGACAUAGAUACUCAGGAAGACUUUGUACGAGCAGAGCUGAUGAUCAAGAAGCACUCUGCGAAGUUUGAGUUAAAUCAGUUAGUCCCAAAAUCAGCCAACAUCCCAAUGAGUGGCGAUUUUCGGAGUGCGAUAAAUGGAUUUGUAGAUCAUGGCAUAUCAGGUGUUGCCAACGGAUCUUCGUAAACUGAAAUGAAAAAAACUUGCAGUUAUAUUAUGUACAUAUGAAAUCAAUUUAAGAUGUAUUUAGUUAAACAGACUUGUCAGAAUUGAAACCCUGAUUUUAUUUAAAGCAGUGGCAUUGGCGAAAUUGCUUGCUCAGUAACAAUGUCGUGAUCAGUAACAAUGUCCAAAAUACUGGAUAGUACGGCUAAUUAGUUUUAUAUUUCGCCACAUGAAAUAAUGUUAGUUUCUCGAGUAUUUUUGAUGCAUAUCGCUGUUUUAGCAAAAUUAAAUCCAUUUGUAAAAUGUUUUGAAUUUAUCAAUUUAUGGUACGAAAACAUAUCGAAAACUUGCAAUAAAGUGGUAUAAUAUAAAAAUGCAAUUAUGUAAACUGUCAG